CACGGUCCUCGUCCGUGACCAAACCGAGGCGCGUUCAUCAUCCAAAGCCCCUCUCGAGUUUGUUUAGUUGGUGGGAGGGAUUUGGCCAAUGGGGGAUCAUCUGGUGUUGUGUGUUGAUCGGGUUGAUCGGCUUAGCACACCACGAACCAUUGAUACGACACAAGGAGACGAGAAGUCAACGUCUUUUGGGGAUUCAACUUAUAAUGUGGGCUCUUCUGUUUCACCAUCAUCCCAGAUGAAUUCUAGCAUUGUGGAGGAGAGAGUUUAUAUUAAUGAUGGCGAUGAGGAGGAGCCUCUUAUACAGACUGUAGAAUGCCGCAUUUGCCAGGAGGAGGAUGACAUCAAGAACCUGGAGGCACCCUGUGCUUGCAGUGGCAGCUUGAAGUAUGCCCAUAGAGCUUGUGUCCAGCAUUGGUGCAAUGAAAAAGGAGAUAUUACCUGUGAGAUCUGCCAUGAGCCAUACAAGCCUGGCUAUACUGCACCUCCCCGACCUCAGCCUGAUGAAACCACAAUUGAUAUUAGUGGAGGUUGGACCAUCAGUGGCGCUCCUUUAGACUUACAUGACCCGCGAAUGCUUGCAAUGGCGGCAGCACAGCGCCACUUUCUUGAAGCUGACUAUGAUGAGUACUCUGACACAAAUGCUAAUGGUGCUGCAUUUUGUCGUUCUGCUGCUCUAGUUCUAAUGGCGCUUUUGCUGUUGAGGCAUGCGUUAUCCAUCACCAACACUGAUGGGGAUGAUGACGCCUCCACCUACUUUUCUUUUUUCUUGUUGAGGGCUGCUGGUUUUCUUUUGCCAUGUUACAUAAUGGCUUGGGCAAUUAGCGUGUUACAGCGAAGAAGACAAAGACAGGAAGCAGCUGCUCUGGCAGCAACUGAGGUAGCAUUCAUCAUCCAGUCGGCACAAGCAAGGGCCCUGCAGUUCACAAUAGCACCUGAGUCACCGACCACGCCCCAACAAGAGCCACAUCAAUAAUAGCUCCAUGCCAUCCUUUUGUGUUUGGCUUUCCCUGGAAAUUUCAAAGCAGUAAACAGUCUAAAUUGUUGAGCAGGUUACCCCUUUUAUUAUGAUACUUCACAAUGGGGAGAAUUGAGGGUUUCCCCUAUUCAUAUUUCAUUAUGUGAUUCUCUUUACAACGGACCUAAUGCUUUUACCUAUCUUAUGUAAAUACAUAAAACAUGUUUUUUCACAUUUGUUAUCUUGUAUGAUUUUCUUGCCAGACAUAAAAUAAAGGAAAAAAAACUUAUCAUGCUUGUCAUCACCUUCAAGCAUGUUAAGUUGACUA